UCCGGAUAUUGGCUGCUGAUGCUGCAACUGGACUUGAAAUCUCCAUCUUUUUGCCAGACUUGAAGAUUAAACAACAACCGGUCCCAUUUUUUCAUCGCUAAUCAAAGUUCGGUCAAGGAGAUGCCUUGUGAUAUGUUUGUGGCUUUGCCACCAGCUACUAGUGAUGGCUGUGUCAUUUUUGGAAAGAACACUGAUAGACCAACAGGAGAAGUUCAAGAAGUCAUCCAUGUGCCUAAGCAAGACCAUGAGGAGGGAUCAAAAGUCAUGUGUACUUACAUGGAGGUAGAUCAAGUGCCACACACACAUGCAGUGAUCCUAACAAAGCCAGCCUGGAUGUGGGGUGCUGAGAUGGGCGCUAAUGAGCACGGUCUGUGUAUUGGUAAUGUGGCUGUGUGGUCUAAACUCAAUGGCCCUGAUGACCUAAAGGAGAAAUUACUCGGCAUGGACUUUGUCAGGUUGGGUCUGGAGAGAUCUAAAAGUGCCCGGGAGAGUGUUGACAUUAUCACUGGAUUACUGGGACAGUACGGACAGGGAGGACCAUGUGCUGAGGAACCAGGACUUACAAAAAUGGCCUACCACAACAGUUAUGUACUGGCGGACUCCUCAGAGGCUUGGCUUCUGGAAACUGUCGCUUCUCACUGGGCAGCAGUAAAACUUGAAGGAAUCCACAAUGUGUCAAAUGAGCUGUCAAUCACAACCAAGAUUGAUUUGUCUUCUCCUGGCCUGAUAGAGGCAGCUGAGGAGGCGGGGCUAUACAGAAAGGAAGACGGAGACUUCAACUUUUAUCGUGUGUUUUCAGAGGAAUCAUCUGGGUGUUCCUCCAUCUCGCCAGGGUCUGCAAGGUACCUCCAUGGAAAACGUCUUCUUAAGGAAUUCGCUUCCAAAGGCCAGAUUGGGGUUGAGGAGAUGUGUAAGGUCCUUCGUGAUGAGUCCAGUGGUAUCAAUAUGAGUGGUACAUUUACCACCAUGGCUAGCCAAGUGUCGGUGCUUCCACCCCCGGAUUCUGCCACACCUCCUUGUCACUGGUUCACAGCCACACCAAACCCAAGUACCAGCAUCUUUAAACCAUUCAUCUUCUGCCCGCAGGCCAAUAUAGGUGAUCUGACAACUUCCCCUGCAUAUGGAGAUGAUGACCCUGCCAAGAAAUCACCUCGUUUUCAAGGACAAGUUGAUCGAAAACACCCUUUGUACCUUGGGCAUGAAAAUCUACAAUCACUAGUUGAUAAGGAUGAUCCCAAGGGUCAGAUGAUUGUCCAAAAUUUGCAAGAACUUGAAAUUAAGUGUAUGGAAGACAUGGGAGAAAUGAUGAAAGAGUUUGAUGAAAAAAUGUUUAUGAAAGUUUCACAGAUAUUUCUUCAAAUGUGUAAUUUUGAACUCAAUUUUUACAAAUGUUGAAAUUUUUUAAGUAAUGAUGAUUUAAGGAAAAAAAAAACGCCAAAGGAAUGACUAUGCUUACAUAACGUCUUCGCAGUUAACACAAUUGUAUGAAAUACAAUUGAUCAUCAAUUUAAGCAUUUAGUUAGAUUACUAGUGAUCCUGUUUGGAUUUAAAUUCCCACACUACUAUUUAAAACAUUUCAAAUUUAAAUUUCAGUCUUGAACUUUGCAAAUGCACUAUGUGUUAUACUUUCAAGUUUUCAGAAUUCUCUCAAGGUAAAAAAUGUAUUAACAACUGGGCAGUUUGAUAUUCCUGGUAAGGCAGUGAUAGCCAGAGGAUAAACAGUUAAUGGAUUUCCAUGAAUUACAAAGACAAAAAAAAUCAUAGGGCAAAGGUCAUGAAAAUACAUACUGUUAUACAGGUAAAAGAUAGAGGUAAGCCAAAAACUGUUUUUAUGCAAAAUGUUGGACAGUCUAUGGCUUGCCAACUCUGUAAAAGUUAAGGUAACAGACAGUUUGGGACUUAAAAUUACUUUACAUACGGAUUUUCGGAUGUCAACGUUGGUCAGCUAUUGUCACAUUGGAUAGAUUCAAUAUCUGUUGAGGAUGUCCACCAUAAAGACUACUUGCAUUGUUUAACAUAUUGGACAGCUUUUAGAUAUGGUUGGUACCUGUGCUGUAUACAUGAGGGCAUUCAUAAACAAAUUUCAUCAACUGAGUACAUGUGUAGCUUACUGAACUUACUUUUAUCCAAGUUCAUAAAUGUAGAAUUUUGUCUCAUUCCAAUUAUGCUUUCAGAUGGCGAGGAAGUUUUUAUAACAUAAAAACAAUUACAACAUAAAAGACACUACUACAGAUAUAGAUGAGGUACAGAAACAGAUGAGAUCUUAUUUAUAGAAGGGAAACAUGUACCUUGGCCAAACUUCAGUAUCCAAGUUUAUAUGUUUUCCAGGAUUUCUAAAGAAGAAAUGAGGGAAAUAACUUGAUAAGUGUUAGACACUGUAGAGAUUCACAAUUUGUAUUGCGGAUGGUGAUGUUGUCUCUUCAAGUUUAUGGAAAACAAAACUGUGUGGGCAUUCUUAAGAGUGUUUAUUGUAUGGAUUAAACAGCAUCUGAUACCAUCCAAAAUCAAGGACUAAAGAAUAAGAAAAAAAAUUCCUGUGACUUAUUGUAUUUACCCGUCUUGUAGAUGGAUUGUAUCUGGAAAAUUGUAAAUGGUAAUUUCUUGCUUAAAACAUUGAAUUUGCCAACACUGUUUUGUAUAUAAUGUAUUGCACUUAUCUCUGAAUUUAAAUGACUGAUUUAGAUGUAAUUUACAAAAUAGUGAUAUAUAUAAUGUUUCUGAUUCCUUUCUCCAUUUACUUUUCUAAUUUUUUUAUCAGAUUUUGCGAAGUUUUUUUCCUUCUCUAUUUUGCUAGUCUUGAUCUUGUAAUUUUGAUUCCUUAUUUUGUCCUCAAUUUUGCUUGAAGUGAUUUAAUUGACAAUAGCAAGUGAUAUGUGAUAUGUGUUGAUGUAACUUUUCAUAGUGGUAAAGUUUAUGUUAUUUAUGGGUCUUCUGAUUCAAAUCAAAUUAAUGAAAUUGGAGAAAGAAAUCUUGUUUACUUUUAUUUACACCCCUGUCUCAGAUGAACUUCAUAUUUAGAAGGCUAAAGCUUGUUGAUAACCAGUGGUUCAGUGUAGGUGAUAAUUAGAACUCACUGCUCGGGUAACUGGCUUCAGGUGUUUACCUUUUUAUUGGAAUUUAAUGAUUACAAAUGUCAAAUUUAUUCAAAUUUUUUAUUUUUUCCAAAGGAAUGUGAUUUUCAUGUGUUUUCUGCAAGACUUCAAAAGUUAACUUGCCUAUAUGUUUACCUAUUGUAUGUUUACACGUGUUUGGGUUUUUUUAACUGGUUGUUCCCUGCAAGGCUUCAAAAGUUAUCUUGCCUAUAUGUUUACCUAUUGUAUGUUUACACGUGUUUGGGUUUUUUUAACUGGUUGUUUCCUGCAAGGCUUCAAAAGUUAUCUUGCCUAUAUGUUUACCUAUUGUAUGUUUACACGUGUUUGGGUUUUUUUUAACUGGUUGUUUCCUGCAAGGCUUCAAAAGUUAACUUGCCUAUAUGUUUAUGUCUUCAAGAUGUAAUUUGAAUUAUAUUUUCCUUAUGCAAACCAAACUCUGUUUACUUGAUUUUGUUUUUUUUAUUGGUUGUUUUGUGCGAGACAUAAACAUUUUAUUAUGUAUUUAAAUAUAUCUGUUAUAAUUUGAAAUAUGUUUUUCCAAACACAAAUAUUUUUCAUGUUAUUUUUAAGCAAGGCUUGAAAAGUAAUCUUGUACGUUGAUUGUUUGUUGUAAUUUACAUUAUUCCUCAUACCGCUACAAGAUGUAUUUAUACAAUGUACACUAUAUGUAUGUUUACAAUACACUUUAUGUAUGUUUACAAUCAUGUUUAUUCAAGUUAAAUUAUACACAUUUUUAUUCAGCUAGAUUGUGAAUAGUUAUGUUCACAAGUAUUGAAUUUAUUUGUUUUGUUUGGCACUUUUUAUUUCAUGUAAUUGUAGAAAUUGAGAGUACAGGUCACCUUACGAGCCUUGGCUAGUUUAGUUGUGCGGAAGAGUGUCCGGUAAAGACUGAAGGAUCGCUGGUUUGAACCCCAGCGUUGAAAGGAUGUUUUUCAUUACUCUUUCCUAUUACAUAAUUAUAUAAAUAUAUAUAUAUAAAAAAAUAGAGUUCCACAGGGGAUACAAAUCAAGGGCACUGAAUAAAGAGAGUUACUCCCCCUUCUUAUGGUAUAAAAUGUUACACACAGGGAAGAUUUGAUAUGCAUAUAUACAAAUGUAAACACAUGUGUAAUGGUUGAUAUACACAGCCUGCCAAUCAUAUUGUAGUAUGUCCAUGUAAACAUACAGUAUAGUAGGUCUUUGUUAGUUGUUGUUAGGUAUUGUAAACAGUUGUAAACAUUCCAGUUGUAGUGUAUAUCCUAUUGUAUCUAGUCGUCAGAAGUAAUAAUUUCUUGUGUAAUGUGUUUAUAUUAGAUCUCAGAAAAUCCUCCAUUGAUGAACUUGUCUCUCCCACCUUACAUACAUACAGUAAUGUAUUACUUCUGAUGUGUUCAAAAUGUAUAACAUGUUUAUUGAUCUGCAGUAUUAUGAUGUAUUCAAAAGUUGUUUGUGUGUUUGUAUUCUGUUGUUAAGUAAAGCUGAUUUACCAUC